CCUUGGACUAAGUCACCCAACUCAAUCUGCUAUAAUGGGAGCCUACAAGUACCUUUCUGAGAUCUGGAACAAGAAGCAAUCUGACGUGAUGCGCUUCUUGAUUCGCGUCAGGAACUGGGAGUUCCGUCAGCUACCUGCUGUCCACCGUGCCUCCAAGGCCACUCGCCCUGACAAGGCCCGUCGUCUCGGCUACAAGGCCAAGCAGGGCGUUGUUAUCUACCGUGUCCGCAUCCGCAGGGGUGACCGUAAGAAGCGCGUCUCCAAGGGUAUCGUCUACGGUAAGCCCGUCCAUCAGGGUGUCAACAAGCAGAAGUCUACCAAGUCUCUUCGCGCUAUUGCCGAGGAGCGUGUUGGUCGCCGCUGUGGUUCUCUCCGUGUCCUCAACUCCUACUGGGUUGGUCAGGACGCCCAGUUCAAGUUCUUCGAGGUCAUCAUGGUCGAUCCCUUCCACAACGCCAUCCGUAACGACCCUCGCAUGAACUGGAUCGCUCACUCUACCAUGAAGCACCGUGAGCUCCGUGGUCUCACCAGUGCUGGUCGUAAGAGCCGUGGUCUCCACAAGCGCGGUUCCCACUUCGGUACCAAGGUUCGCCCCUCGAAGCGCGCCAACUGGAAGAGACGCCAGACUCUCCAGCUCAAGAGGUUCCGAUAAAUGUCUUAGUCGUUGUUGCUGGAUCGAUGACGCAUUGCAGUUAUCGUUCCCGUUCCAGCCGCUAUUACUUCAUUUGGCCCGUUAUUGGUUUCCCUACAGCAGACGAUAUAAGUGUUUGGGAA